GCGAGAGAAAACACCGCGAGUGCCGCGUAUCGCGUUCCCGAGUGCAUGUGCCGCUGUGCUAGCGAACAAAAUGCAGUUGUUGCUGCUGGUGUUGGCGGCCGCGGCCGUCGCCGCCGCCUCCGCUGCCAGGGACUCUUUGAGGUACGAGGCACCUGAAGACUGUCAGUGGUCGCCGCGGACUUCGGACGAAGUUGCCCUCAACUGCUCCCUACGAACAAUAAAUAGCGAGUUUGAUCACACCAAUUUCAGCAUCAUCCCCGCCGAACACACCACCUCAUUGGUGGUGAAUUGCGACUCCGAAGUAGAACUUAAGUCAACGCUGCCCGAGGACGCCUUUGCCCACUUAAUCCGUCUCAAGGAACUAACCCUGGAGCAAUGUAAGUUGCCCAAAUGGCCUUCGGGCUCGCUGCAAGGUCUUGUUGAUUUGCGAAAUUUGACAAUUCACACCGGAAACCGAAAGUGGCCGCUGGAAAUAAAUGCCGGCUCCUUCAAGACGAUUCGAUUGCUAGAAAAACUUGACCUGAGCCAGAAUAAUUUGUGGUCACUGCCGGAGGGGCUUUUUUGCCCGCUGGUUAGUUUGGUGUCUCUUAACGUGACUCACAACCGCCUCCAAGAAAUUGCAGAACUUGGAUUUCAAGUCCUAGACGCCUCCGAAUCGUCCACGCCGCCACCAAAAUCGCGCGCCUCGUGCGGUUUAGAUGUACAAGUGUUGGAAGCAUCUCACAACAAUUUCGAGCAGCUGCCGGCAAAGGGACUCGGCGCACUACGGCGGCUGCAAGAGCUCCGAGUGACGGACAACGAAAUCAAGUCAGUGGCGGAUAAAGCGCUCGCUGGAUUAAAAAAUCUCAAGGUAUUUGACGUGUCAAAUAAUAAAUUGGUAGCUUUGCCACCGGGACUUUUCAAAGACUGCGUGGACAUUCGCGAAUUAAAAUUGCAAAAUAAUUCUCUUGGAGUGCUCGCACCGGGCUUGUUGGCCGGUCUAGAGCACUUGCAAUUACUUGAUUUGUCUCGGAACCGACUCUCUAGCACUUGGUUGGACUCAGACACAUUUUCAGGGCUGAUUCGGCUUGUGCUGUUGGAUAUUUCAUAUAACCGAAUCACCACUCUCAACCCUGAUUUCUUCAAAGACCUGUACACCUUGCAAAUUCUUAACCUGGAACACAAUUUAAUUGAAACACUGCCGGCCGACACCUUUUCACCCCUCAGCAAUUUGCACACAUUGGUGCUGUCUUUCAACAAGCUGGCGAACGUGGACCCCUUCUCUUUCAACGGACUCUACGCCCUUUCUCUUUUGUCACUGGAUAAUAAUUUAUUCCAGACGCUCCACAUCGAUUCCCUGAGAAAUUGCACGUCCCUGCAAGAUUUGAAUUUAAAUGGGAAUUUGCUGACCAACGUUCCACCCGCCCUGCACGACAUGCGACUCUUGCGCACGGUUGAUUUGGGAGAAAAUUCAAUAGAGCAGCUGGAAUCGCCCGCCUUCAAAGGCAUGGAUAAUUUAUAUGGGCUCCGCUUGAUUGGAAAUCAAAUCUCGAACUUGACCCGCCGUUCAUUUGCUGACCUGCCGGCGCUGCAAAUUCUUAACCUCGCACGAAAUAAUAUCAGCAAAAUUGAGCCGAGCACAUUUGACGCCAAUGAGAAUUUGCAGGCGAUUCGUUUAGAUGCAAAUUUAUUAUCCGACAUGACCGGCCUGUUCUCAAAAUUGCCGGCCCUUGUAUGGCUAAAUGUUUCCGACAACCAGCUCUCGUGGUUUGAUUACUCACUCGUGCCGGCAGGGCUCGAGUAUCUCGAUUUGCACGAGAAUAAAAUUAAAGAGAUCAGCAAUGCAAAAAGACGAGACACAAAUACGGCCCUGAAAUUGAUAAAACUCGACGUCUCCCACAAUCUGCUAACUCGAGUUGGCCAAAAUUCUCUGCCGAACAGCGUGGAAUUAGUAUUGCUGAAUAAUAACCAAAUUACUACGGUGGAUGUGCACACUUUUGUCAACAAGCCCAACUUGACCCGCGUUGAUUUAUAUGCUAAUCAAAUCGUUAACAUGGACCUGAACGCGCUUAGAUUAACUCCAGUAAAAGAAGAACGACCCCUUCCCGAAUUCUACAUCGGCGGCAACCCCUUUCAGUGCGACUGCACAAUGGAAUGGCUGCAGCGGAUUAACAACCUGGACCACUUAAGGCAACACCCGAAGGUGAUGGACAUUGAAAGUGUUUAUUGCAGGCUGCCCUACGCACGCGACAAGAGCUUUAUUUCAUUAAUCGAUGCAGACAGUUCUCAUUUUGUGUGCGCUUAUAAAACUCAUUGUUUUGCUCUCUGCCACUGUUGCGACUUUGACGCUUGCGAUUGCGAGAUGACGUGCCCGAACAACUGCACUUGUUACCACGACCAGUCAUGGUCAGCCGCCAACAUUGUUGACUGCUCGCUGGCCAACCACGUCCGCAUUCCAGGCACCAUCCCCAUGGACGCCACAGAAGUUUAUUUAGACGGAAAUAGUUUUGGUGAGUUAUCCAGUCAUUCUUUCAUCGGAAGAAAAAAUUUGCGCGUUCUUUAUGUAAACGGGUCAAGGGUCAACGCCAUCUACAACCACACCUUUAGCGGCCUGCGAAGGUUAGAAAUUUUGCACCUUGAGGAUAACCUAUUGAAAGAGAUUAAAGGUUUCGAGCUGCAGUGUCUGGUAGAGCUGAAAGAACUUUAUUUGCAAAACAACAAAUUGCAGUACCUUGACAACAGGACGCUAAUGGAGCUGAAAAAAUUGGAAGUUGUUCGCCUUGAUGGAAACCGCCUGCAUAAUUAUCCCGUUUGGCAGCUCUCUUUCAACAAUUACCUGGUAAGAAUCACUCUGGCCGACAACAAUUGGUCAUGCCACUGCCAAUAUAUGCGCCAUUUUCGCACCUGGCUGCAGCAGAAUUUGGCCAAAGUGUCCGACGCCGCGCGCAUCUCAUGCGUACUCCGCGUGAAAAAUGAAGGCGAAUCGAUUUCAAAACAACUCGGACCAAAAUUUACAGAUUUCAACAACACGGCUUGCAGCUCAAUGCUGAUUGGUGGCGAAUUCUUGGAUUCUGAGUUCGACCAGUCAGUGACCAUUCGCGCCCUUCGUGAUUAUCUGCCCUUUGCCCUCGCACUGCUGGUGGCCGUCACGGUCGCCUCGUGCCUAAUUUUUAUGGCCGCCUAUCACCGCCGCGAGCUUCGUCUGUGGAUGUACAGUCGGUGCGGCGUCCGAUUGUGCUACCGUUCUAACGCAAAUGGCUCGGUUGUGGACGAGGACACGAACCGCCUCUUCGACGCUUACAUUGCUUACAGCCUCAAGGACGAAACGUGGGUGUUGCAAAUGCUGGCCACCGGACUGGAGCCGCAGUACCAUCUUUGUCUCCACUACAGGAAUUUCAGCGCCAGCUCGUACGUGGCCGACACUAUUCUGGAGGCGGUGGAGUCAUCGAGGAGGACGGUGCUCAUCCUUUCGCCACAAUUUCUCACCUCCGAGUGGGCCAGGUUUGACUACAAGUCGGCUAUGCGAGAGGCCCUGCAACGAGAGGCGCGCAAAAGUAAAAAGUCACCUCGGCGUCUAAUCGUUAUCUUCCUCACAGACGUGCCCUCCCGUGACCUCGACCCUGACCUUCGCAUGUAUUUGAACAGCGCUGCCUUGGUGCUCAAGUACGGUGACCGACGUUUCUGGGAAAAAUUGCGCUCUGCUCUGCCGGCUCCACGAACUGGCAAAAAUGAAGACCCCAAGCCAAGAAAUGGCACUUUGUGUUGCUGCGCUGCCAAACAAGAGCCGAGCGCCGCCGGGGCCCGGGCCCUUCAUUUGGACACAAGUCGCGUAGUGUACGAGUACUCUAGCAUGGUGGGGCCGCCGCCACCCCUGCCAGACGCCUACGAGCAAAUCGGCCCACCCUCAACCUACCACACCCUGCGGAGAGAGCCGCCAGCGAGGGACCUGUGGGCGUAGCAUCACACCAUAGCAGGUUCUGUCAAAAGGGUUGGCAACAAGGCUACUGUUCGGCCCAAGACUGCUGCUGGAGCACUCUCGAUGAGAUUUGAUGCAUAAAUUAAUGUGAUCUACAAGACUACUGCUAGAUGGACAGAAAAAUCUACAGCUAAAAAUUUGUUGAUGAAAUGCGGAUCAAAAUUCUUUCAUUUCGCUUGUGAGCUGUGUUUGUUGAGAAUUUAGUGUGAAAGAAGUGAGUUGCAAUUAUAAGGCAAACAACGAAUUGUGUAUUUUGUGAAGUACUCUGGUUACAUGAAAGUCUGUAAAUAGAGAGAAUGAGUUUUAAAUUAUACGGGAUGAACUGCUUCAAACUUGUUAAAUUGCGUCAUGAGCUGAUACCGUGUUAAGAAUUAACUGUGUUCAUUUGAUAAUUUUGAUAUAGUCACAAUGAACAAACCCAUUGGCAGAAUUGUGAAACGUGUAUCCAAAAUUCUAAAAAAUUUGGAAUGAAAAAUUUGUAUCAAAGCAAAAUCAAAAUUAGCAGAGAGUUUGCCAUUUAUUUUUAUGCCAAGAAAAAUUGAAAAAUUAUUUGGAUCUGCUUGAUUUCGUAUAAAAAGUAUUUAUAAAUAUAACAAUCUUAAAUUGAAAAGUAAAAUUUAAAAUAAAAAAAUCCUUCUUGUCUCACAAAAUGAAAUUGUUCUUAUAGGAGUUCAUUGUAUGAGCAAACACCAUACAGACUUAAUAGUUAACGUAGCACUGAAAUUUUGCUUCCUUACAUUCCGCUAAAUUAAAACUGCAUAAUUUAUUUGGGGAAAAAAUUUGAUGUAGAUUUCAAUAUAAAAACGCAGCCAUUUUGUGUAGUGUGCUUUUCAGUGUUACAUAUCACUUGACAAAGACACAAUUUUCAUUGAAAUGAACCAUAUUUUGUCCAUUCCAGUAAGAUUACUGAAUUGCAAAUCGCAGGAGUUUGCCAUAUUCGUAAUCCGCUAUCUAUAAAUCAAUAUAUUAUAAAACACACGCGCGCAAGAAAAUUCACAUUGAAAAUCAUUAUUAUUAUUAUUAAUUAAUUCAUCUCAAAUAUUGUAUUAUUCUAGUCACAUGGCGCGAACGCGUGUCCAAUGAGAUUGUCCUUGGCUUUGUAUAAUAUGAUAAUAUCCAACUCAAUAAUUGCUGUGCUAUUUGAUUAAUCUCAUGUCAGAAGAAAAACAUUUUGAUGCUGUCUAACAACUACUGCUGAGAGUUCUUAAAGACAGAAUGUUCUGCAUUGAUAUUUGUGUACAUAAAAAUCUGAAGCGUCACCAAUAAAAUUUAUAGUUAAUUCAAUUCACUCAAAAAUACAAAAAUU